CGCUAAAAAAGGGAAUCCACCGCAGGAUCGGUGCGCCUUCUCCAGGUUUGGAGGGCGGUGGGGGCUCAGAGAGAGAGACGAAGAUAAGACAGUAAGCCUACAUAAGCACACUGAAACGACGCACGAUGGUGGACCUGGGCGAGAUGGACUGCCCGGUGCUGAAGCGGCUCCUGAAGGACGACAGCGCCAAGUGCCUGCUGCUGGACUGCCGCUCCUUCCUCGCCUUCAGCGCGGGGCACAUACGCGGCGCCGUCAACGCCCGCUGCAACACUAUCGUCCGCCGCAGGGCCAAGGGCUCCGUGCUGAGCCUGGACCAGAUACUGGCCGGGGAGGAGGAGGUCCGUCCCGUCCGCUCCGGGAUGUACUCCGCCGCGCGGCUGUACGAUGAGAGGACGCAGGACUCCGACGCGGUGAAUGAGGACAGCACUCUGACUGUGGUGCUCAACGCGCUGUGCAGGGACUCCUCCGGCACACGCAUAUACCUACUCAAAGGUGGAUACGACAGGUUUUUCACAGAGUACCCAGAGUAUUGUUUAAAGACCAAAUCCUUACCGUCCCUCACCAGCCAGUCCAGUAUCGACUCUGCUUGCUCGUCUUGUGGGACACCACACCAUGACCAGGGUGGCCCAGUUGAGAUCCUCCCAUUCCUCUACCUUGGCAGCGCCCUCCACGCCUCAAAGAAAGAGGUCUUGGACGCCAUAGGAAUCUCCGCCUUGCUGAAUGUGUCCGCCGACUGUCCCAACCACUUCGAGGGGGCGUACCAGUACAAAUGUAUUCCUGUGGAGGACAACCAUAAAGAAGACAUCAGCUGCUGGUUCCUGGAGGCUAUUGAGUUCAUAGAUUCAGUACGGGACUCCAGUGGGCGAGUGCUGGUCCACUGUCAAGCAGGCAUCUCCCGCUCCGCCACCAUCUGCCUGGCCUACCUGAUGAAGAGGAAGCGGGUGCGUCUCGACGAAGCCUUCGAGUUUGUGCGCCGGCGUCGCAGCAUCAUCUCCCCUAAUUUCAGCUUCAUGGGGCAGCUGCUGCAGUUCGAGUCGCAGCUCCUUGCCACCUCGUGUGCCGCCGAAGCGGCGGCCACGGCGAGCCCGCUGCUCGGGCCCAAGUCCUCAACGACCACCACCUCGACGACAGCCACGCCCACCUCGCCGUUCAUUUUCAACUUCCCGGUUUCAGUGGUGAACCCUGCCUACCUGCACCACAGCCAGAUCACGACCUCCCCCGGUUGCUGAUGGAUAGCCAAUCACAUACUUCCCCCGACAAAGUAACUGAGCACAGACUGGGCUGUCAUUGGCUGGACGAUCUGUCAAGUCUUACUGGCCGCUGCAGUAUAAAUAUGCUUCCAGUACGGGUGAGAGAAGUGUCAUGGUGCCUGAGUCAAAACUCAAAGACUGAAACACUUUUUAAAGUUCAGAAACCAGUCAGCACUCCUUCCAUUUCAACACAACAUUUAUUCAAAUUGACCAAAAAUGAACUGUAACUCAUUUCAGUAAACGAGUUUGGAUGGAGUGCUGGACUGAUGUUUACUGACGAUACACCCUCUUCCGUGAGAAACAACAACAACAACAACAACAACAACAUGCACAGAGGCACACUGACACACAAACACUGACACGGAGAGGCAUGAGCAGCAGUGAACACACACUUUCUCUCUGUCUCUCUGUGCCUACACACGUUCACGACUACCAACUGAAUAAGCUCAGUAUGAAGACAGGGCCUGUUGCUAUGGAGACAACAGGUCUUUAGGAGAGGAGAUGGACACAGGAAGGAAGGAGGAAUUUUAAGCACUUGCUCUUUCCCCUUUGGGUGUCCCUCCUGUUGCCAGACAAAAGAGAUGGAUGGAAAAAAAGAGGGGAGGAGAUGCUGAUAGAAAGCAGGAGCCUCUUCGGUGACAGGUGCUCUGCCGGCGAUCUGACCGGAGCUUCCUGUCUUUCAUACGUCCUCUUCCUGCACCCCCCUCCUCCCACACACACACACACACACACACACCUUCCUCUCCUCUCAUCUCCUUUUUAUCCUUUUAUAUUCCGUCCCUCCUCCUCCUCCUCCUCCUCCUCCUCCUCUCAUCUCUGCCUCUCAUCUUCACCCCAUCCGCCCCCUCUCCUCUGCUCCUCAUCUCCUCACAAGAGAGGCUAAAUAAAUAAAAUUAGAUGCCAAAAAAAGGCCAGGGCCCUCAUAAAUGGACCAGGAAGCCCUACUGCAGGCCCCUGAUACACACUGUAGGAAACCCCCUUCUGCUACAUCACAAAAAGGGUUGUUAUGGACGAAUGGACCGUAAGAAAAAGCCCCAAGAGAAUGGCGGGGUCACAAAAAUUUAUUAUCGCUUAAAGAUUGAGCAUUAUGUUAUUUCUGGGACAUUUUGUGACACGUCGUCUUUUUCCUGGAUUUUGCUUUUAUCGCAAGGCUUAUUUUGGAGCACAGUGGCACUUGAAGAAAGCUACAUAAAGAAGCAUGCUGGUGGUUUUGUAUGUUUUAAUCCGUCUGUUUCUGUUCUUUUCUGCGAGUUUAUUUUCAUAGUGUACCCAAGUGAACUGAAUACAUUUGCUCCUGUAGGAUGUAAUUUCUUCAAUUUAUGGGCUAAAAUGUGCACCACCAGCGGAUGGUCCUUUUUAAGAUGUUUGUGCCUUGUUCAUAAAGGUGUCCAGUGGAUUUAGGCAUUCCUGGAUUUGCCAGUGGAAUGAUCAUUUUUUCUUAGCUGCUAGGGAGCAGAUUGCUGAAUGUUAGUCAGACUUAAAAACAUCUCAGCAGUGCACCACAGGCCUCUUGUUCCACAAUGGCAAAACAGCAAAAAGCCUCUCUCUUCAUCUCUUCUCACGCACACUCACAGAUGGACACAAACACAUAAUAUACUGUAUUUGAGUAGGUGGAAGUCCAUAUUAGGCAGCAGACUCAGAAUAGCAAUUUUUCAGGCUGACAAGACUUUUUAAGCUAUAGAGUUAAAGCAAUGUUUGAAUAGAUUUCCAAAGCAACAAAGACAAACUUGCUAAAUCAUUAAUAGACAUUUAAAUUGGAGAGAUUUUAGGGACCACAUUUUCACGCAUAUAUCCUCCGAUGUUUUCACGGAUUCACCUACCAAACAUGAGUGGUUUACACUCUGUUUGCCAAACAUCAGGGACCCUCAGUGUUGUUCCUUGUGAGGGGAAUCCAGGUUUCACUUUUUAAAUCCAUGCUGGAAAAAAAAGAGAAGAACUUUGAGGCCAUAAUCCAAUAACAGGAAGUUGUCCUUAUGAAUCAGUUCAUUCUGUGUAUAUCUGAGUCCGGAUGUGCGCACACACCCGUUCAACACAACCAUAAUCCUCCCCUGUUUUUUAAAGGUUGUCCACAGCGCUCUCCUUGAAGUCAUGCAAUACAACAACAGCAGUGACUUUUUAGCACGUUUCUUAAUAUGACAUUUUCAGACAAUGUUUGUAUUGCUUUUGCUUUUGACUCCGUGUUAGACAUCCAAAGGCACAAAGUCCACCCAUGAUUGCUUUUAUACACGGGUCCUUAUGUGUACACACACACACACACACACACACACACACACACACACACACACACACACACACACACACACACACACACACACACACACACACACACACACACACACACACACACACACACACACACAGGGUUUCAAAGAAGACAAACCCUUUUCUGUUUUGGAGAUUGUCGGCACCUAUCUCUGUAGCACUUUGAAGUGAUGCAAUACUGUAUUUAUAAUUGAUUUCUACAUCAUGGUGAUGGUAGACUGACUAGACUUAACAUAAAGACAUUUUGUCUAUGUAGAGAGAGUGAGACAGAGAGAGAGAGAGAGAGAAUAGAAAGCCAGUCGGUGAAAAACGCAAUACUUUGUACACAUCUGUGUGGUACCUGUCUGUCUUUCAGCCUCUCUGUGUUAGUCCAUCUGACUUGACUGUCCUCUGUCUGGUCAGUGCUGUUUACCCGUCAUGGCAAUAUCAAUCCUCCACUUGGACAUUUAUAUUUAAAAAAACAAAAAAACCCAACUUUCCCUCAAUUUUAUUGUGGAAUGAAUAAUCUGUGCAUUUAUUUAUUACUGAAGAUCUGCUGUUGAAUAAACAAUGUUCUUAAUUAA